UAGGCUAUGUUAGUCAGUCAGUCAGGCAGGGCAGGAGGAGCAUCAGCGGGACGCAGGAGUGCACAAACAGAUCUUUUUUUCUUUCUUUGUUUUUUGCUCAGUUCUCGUUCUGCUUCGUCCUCGGAGACAGGCGAGUGUCCAGAAUGACACGGGACCCCUUAAAGUCGGCUAUGUCUUUCGGGGAGAUCGGGGAGACGUCGCUGGCGCUGCCGUCCGACGGAGAUUCCCGCUCGGGGCAGCAGCGCGUCAUGGAGCAGGUCAGCACCAUGAGGAAGAGCAGGAAGAAGAGCAAUUACAACAACAGGGGAUCUGCGGGAACCCUGUCUCCCACCAGCCCCAAGAGUGACAGUGUGUUUUUUGAAAGCAAGUUCCCCCACUCAAGUUUAAAUGGAUUGGACUAUGCGUAUGAAGGCACCAUGGCAAAUGGACACACAAAAACGAGGAAACAGCAGCAGGGCAUGACGCAAAGGAGCAGCAGCACAAGGUCAGCGUACUAUCAUAGGAUCCUAAAUAACAACAUUUUACCAAACAAUAUUCAUGCUCUAAGCCAACCCAGUAUCCCGGCAGACUUUUAUGCCACACAAGGGGGCAUAAAGAGUAACACCGCCCACUGGAGUCAGAAAUACGUGCAGGCAAAAACCCUUGAGAGGAGUCACAGCCAACCUCCACAGACCAGCCCUGUACAAACGAAAGCGAACAACAUCUUGCAGGCCACCAACAGUCAAUUUUUUAUCAGCAACACCAUCAAUAAGCGACCACCUUCUGCCCACUCAAGCUCUGAGCCCAAGCUCUCAGCGGCUAACAGGAGCAAGAGUGAGACGAACGGAAUGAACGGAGAGGCAAACUUGUCCGAUAUCACAUUAUCAGAUGCAAUAUCCUGGACCAUCCAUGGCGAUGAAAAGUAUCAGCUGCAUGGAGCUUCUGUUAUUCAGCAUAACACAUACACAGAUGACAAAGCCAAAGAAGAGGUACGUAAGCUUGGUGGUAUUGUUUCCUUGGUGUCCUUGCUCAGCAGCUCAAACCCUCAGAUCCAGCUGUCGUCGGUCUCCGCCUUGCGAAACCUUGUCUUCAAGAAUACAGCCAACAAGGAGGAGGUGCGGCGCGCAGGAGGGUUGACCGAGGCUUUGCAGCUACUCCGAAACACUAACUCAGCUGAAAUUCAGAAACAUGUGACCGGUCUUUUGUGGAACAUGUCUUCUGAAGAAAGCAUUCAGCCAGAUCUGCUACGUCAUGCUCUCCCUGUCCUCACUGAGACUGUGCUGCAGCCCAAUGCAGACGCCUCAAACUUUUCUUCUGAUGUUGAUGCUCGUACUGAAAGCUUUUGCAACGCUACAGCAUGUCUACGAAAUCUGAGCUCUGGCAGACUAGCAAACCGGCAAUCCUUGCGCAACUGUGAGGGCCUGAUUGACUCCCUAGUCACACACCUGCAGGCUUGUGUGGACAAUGGCCAGCUGGAUGAUAAGUCAGUGGAGAACUGUGUGUGUGUUCUGCACAACCUCACCUAUCAGCUGGAAGGUGAGGUGCCUGCUGUGUUCAGCAAGAUAAACAAAAAGGCUACGGCGUCUGAGAGCCGCGCCAACACCGCCGACAUCGGCCCCAUCGGCUGCUUUAGCAACCAGAGUCGCAAGGUCCAGGAAGAGAGCAACUCCGAAUUCAGACUGAUGGACGAUUUCGAUCCCAAAGGCAAGAGCCGGCUUGUACACACAAAAACAUUGCAGUUGUAUCUGAAUCUUCUGAGUUCGAGUCAUAACGUACGCACUCAAGAGGCAUGCUGCGGAGCGAUGCACAACCUCACCGCCAAGAAGGGCCCCGUGUCAGAUCUAUUGAGUUACACCAUCGUUCAGAGACUGAAUGGUCUGCCGAGCCUUAUUCCAUAUCUACAGUCGCAGAAUUUGCCCCUGAGAGACAACAUCACUACACUGAUAUGCAACCUGUCUCGAACUCCACAGCUGCAAAAGAUUAUCGCUCAUCAGGCUCUCCCCAGUCUCAUCAAGAACUUGCCGUCCGACCCUACUCCAGAGUCUGAUAGUUCCUUAGCAAUGAUCUGCCACACAACAAACAACCUGCUGAGAGUAGAUCCUGAGUUGGGGAAGAAAUCAAUUAACAAUAAACUGAUCGAUUCGCUCAUUAACCUGAGCCAGAACAAGGAACUUCCUAAGGCCAGUACGGCAGCAGGAGCUCUCCUUCAAAGCCUCUGGUCUGACAAGACUAUUCAAGGUGUCCUCAAGAAGCAAGGGAUGGCUAAGAAGGCAUUCGUGAAUGAGGUAACUUCAGCUGCAGUCAGAUCUUUACAGAUUAUUGACUAAUUUGAUCAUCCUGCAGCACAUCUACAGAAAAUAAGUACAUACAGUAUGUAUUGCAGUACAUAUGCAAUAAAAUUAUAUAUUCCUGUCCGCUUUCGAAUAAACAGAACUGCAAUGGUAAUGAAAAAGCAGCUAAGGGGAAUGUAAAUGAGCUUCACAGCACUGAGUUUGCACAGAAAUGGAAAAAAAAAAGUCUAUUUCUUUAUCUUUGUAAUUUCGUAUUGAUUUUUUUGUUGCACCGUAAUGGGACCAUAGUAAUUUUUUUUUGCAUUUUUAAAAAAAGGCUUUACAUUUUCUAUGUAUUUGAUGGAUUUUUAUGUUGAGUAUGAUGAAUUGAAACGAUGUCCGCCUACAUGAGAGGGGUUAAUGCCUUUUUAUUUACCACUUGUGUUAAAACAAUGAAAAAAAUGUCGCAAAGAUUUGGGUUUUGGUUCCAUUCAACCCGGUACAUUUAGCAUUAGGGUGAGGUUUAAGACACCAAGGUAUUAUUAUGAAUAUUAUGUUAUUAUGAAUGUUUAUUUUUAUGUUUUUUUUUUUUUUUUUUGCAUUGCUUAAAAUCUUUCGCUGGAUCUUAAUAUUCAAAGAGGGUUGCUUUCGUAGUUGCUUAUUUCAUUCGAUUCUUAUGUCUGAGUUGUUAAUAUCUUUUUUUUCUCCAGCAGACACUUAAUAAAGCUUUUUGAAAGUGUA